AUGAAGGGUGUAGAUAUUCGUGAAAAAGUUCAAAGGAAGUGGAACAUAGGUAUAUCUAGGUCUAUGACUUAUAGAGCCAAAGGUAUUGCUUCUGAGCACAUUGAUGGGUCCUUUAAGGAACAAUAUAAGAGGGUAUAUGAUUAUGCACAUGAGUUGUUGGGAAGAAAUCAUGAUUCUACAGUUAAAAUGCAUGUUGAGAAUAAUGAGGAUGAGGGUCUACUACUGGCCAUACAAGACUUAUUCCCUGGUGUUGAUCAUAGGUUUUGUGUGAGACACUUAUAUUCAAACUUUAGGAAGAAAUUUCCUGGUAAAAAUCUGAAACGGUUGAUGUGGAGGGCAGCUACUGCCACUCAUCCACAAAAUUGGGGGAGGGAAAUGAUAAACAUUAAAGAUGUCAAUGAAGACGCAUUCAAGCACUUGAUAGCCAUCUCUCCAAGAUAUUGGUCAAGGUCCAGAUUCAGUCCAACACCAAAAUGUGACACAUUGGUCAACAAUAUGAGUGAGGCUUUCAACAGUGUCCUAGUUCAUACCAGGACUGAACCAAUCAUAACAAUGCUGGAAGAAAUCAGGGUGUACAUCAUGCAAAGAUGGGCAAAAAAUAGGUCUAAGAUACAGUCCUUGACAAGAUCAAUUUGUCCAAAGAUCCAGACUAGAUUUACAAAGGAAUCCCAAUCAACCAAGAAGUGGAUUCCUAGCUGGUCAGGAAAAAAAUUGUUUGAAGUCAGACACGUCUCCCAUAGUGGAGACAAAUUUGUUUUCACCUAUGAAGAAACAUAUGCAUCAAUCAUAUAUCACAUCAAUGGCAACAACAUGUGGGACCUAACACCAUAUUCGGAUGUCAUGCAUCCUACCAAAAAAGUUAUGCCUGGAAGACCUAAAAAGAAAAGAAGAUUGGAACAGUGGGAAAUCAAAAAGGAUGAUUCCCGAUUGAGCAAGGCUGGUUUGCGCAAGAGAUGCGGGCUAUGUAGGGAGGUUGGGCACAACAAGAGUCGUUUCCCCAAAGUAACACAACAACCUACCCAUGAAGCUUGUCAUGACGAAGAAGCUCAACCAUAG